CAUGUGGGAAUGCAUAAAUAUUUUCUCCUGGAGAAAGAAUUAAAAAUGUAAAAGGGAUAUUACAUAGAUGUGGAGUAGUGAGAGAGGAGGAAUAGCCCUGUUUAAGAAUUGACGUGCACAAAGGUCUUGCCAGGUGUCACUGUUGAGGAUUAAUGCACAUGUUUAGUAGAGGGGCAAGAAAAGAGGCUAGAGAGGAAACGCUUCAAACCUUGGCAAGGUGAAACGCAGAGUAGGAGAGGCAAGAAAAAGAGAGUACAGACAGUGGGGGAGUGGAGGAGUUAAGCACCCUGCUCUUCCAGCAAAGCAAGGAGAAGGAAGAGAAGAGUGAUAGAGUUUGAGAAGGAGGGAGAAGAGUCAUCUGGACAUGGGGAUUUGCGCUGUUCUCCUCAUCUGUCUCUCCCAGGUGGAACUGGGUAGAGUCUGGGCUCAAGAGCAUGAAGUUGGCAGGACUCUGCUGCAGGGCGAGGAAGAUCCCGGUCACAGAACCAAGAGGGACCAGCCAACUGAAGGAGGAGUUGAUAUCAGUCCCCUGCCAGACAACAUGACUCGCAUCGUGGUGGACUCACAGAAAUACUACACCUGGCAGAGUUAUGGCCCGUCUGACAAAAGAACUGAGGUGUUGUGGGUAGAUCUGGAUGGACUACACAAGAGCCAAGUCAGAAUUCAUGGGAUAUUAUCCAACACACAUCGACAAGCUGCGAGGGUGGCCCUGUCUUUUGAUUUUCCUUUUUAUGGACACUACCUGAGGCAGAUCAUCAUUGCCACCGGAGGAUUUAUCUUCAUGGGUGAGAUCACUCACAGAAUGCUGACUGCAACACAGUACAUCGCGCCUCUCAUGGCGAACUUUGACCCCAGCUUCUCCAAAAACUCUACAGUGAGGUACUCAGACAAUGGGAACCUAUUUGUGGUCCAGUGGGACCACGUUCGACUAAAAGACCGUGAGGAUGAAGGCUCUUUUGUCUUCCAAGCAGCGCUGCAUAAAAAUGGAACUAUUGCUUUUAACUACAGAGAAAUUCCUGUCCCUGUGGUGAAAAUUAACUCCACGGAACAUCCAGUGAAAGUUGGGCUCUCUGACGCGUUCAUGGCGUAUCUCCCCUCUGCACAGAUGUCAGAUGCGAAGCGGCGGACGAUCUAUGAAUAUCACCGGGUUGAGAUUGACACCACAAAGAUUGUGAGCAGAUCCGCGUUUGAGUUUACACCGCUACCCACUUGCCUUCAACACACCUCCUGCGACCUCUGCCUCACUUCCAAUGUGACAUCUGGGUGUGGAUGGUGUAACACACUUCAAAGGUGCUCUGAUGGAAUAGACCGACAUCGCCAAGAGUGGCUUGACUACAACUGUCCAGAGGAGGCAAAGAGCACCUGUGAGGACUUUAACCCAGACCUAUCAGAGACUUCUACAACACCUAUCAACCAUUCUACAGCGAGUCCAACUCCAUCUGCAGCUGAGUUCAAGGACCAGCAUGUCAAGAGUGGUUUACAGACAGACUCACCAGACCUUAUGGGCAUCACUGAGAACACAGCCAUCAUUGCAGGUGUGGUGGGAGCCUUGGCUCUACUUGUAGCUCUCACCUUACUGGCUGUUUACUACAUCAACACACACCCGACAGCUGCUCCGCCGUUCUACCUCAUGCAGCAGAGACGUUCCAACAACUACUGGCCCUCAAUGAAGUUCCGCAACCAGGAGUGCCACUCCAGUUACACUGAGGUCGAGCUGGGUCAUGAGAAGGAAGUCUUCAUUGAAGCGGAGCAGUGCUGUUGAGGGACAGAAUCACUCAGUUUGUGGACAGCUAAAGAACUGUACACAACAAAUGCAGACCACAGAGUGUACUGCAUCUAAGAUCCGGUGCAAGAAAGUUUACACUCCAGCUGUUUUUACAACUCUUAUGGUUGGUCAUCAAACAGGGAACUAGCCACUAUGCCCAAGAGACUUGGUUAACUCGGUUAAGAGAGAUAAAUGUUAAUCUGUACAUGUUUGGACUGGACGCCCUCAUACUGCAAAUCAAUGUACAAGUUGGCAUUUUUGUUGUCUUUUUGUUUCACCAUCAGAGUGAGGAUUGCAUUUAGUAACGCUGUCAAUUGUGAUAUGCAAAACAAUGUCUUUCAAAUUG